ACUACUAAACCGUUUAGUGCAUAGAAAAGUGUCCGGACUAGUACAGUUGAGCUUUGAAAAUCCAGAAGACAAGACAUAUCAGCGAUAGAAAUGAAGAGACAACGCCAUCGUGCGGCACUAAAUAGAGUCAUCAACAAAAUUGUUAAGGUCAUAGCAGAAGAGGUUGAAGAAGAAGCGACAAAUGAACGCGUGUGGGUUAGACCCUGGAUAAACCGAAGAGAUACAUUGGGAAUGUCCAGUUCUCUUUUGAAAGAGUUGGCUGUGGAGGAUAAAGCCGAAUAUUUUAAUGCUCUUCGAAUGAGCGAAGAGUCAUUUAAUGUAUUAUUACAAAAAGUCUGUGAAAAAAUACAACGAAAGGACACGCAUAUUAGAAGUGCAAUUCCCGCAGAAACAAAAUUACAAACAGUUCUGUAUUUCUUGGCAACGGGAUGCAGUUUAAGGACGCUGCAACAUCUUUUUAGACUUGGAAAGUCCACCAUUUCCGAAUUUAUUCCGGAAGUGUGUCAAGCUGUUUCUGAGUCACUAAAAGAUUUUAUUAAGGUCCCAGAUGAAAACGAAUGGAAACACAUUCAGGAUGGAUUUAGAAGAGAAUGUAACUUCCCUGGAUGUUGCGGAGCGAUUGAUGGGAAACAUGUAGCCAUUAAAGCACCUGCUGAUUGCGGGAGUUUAUACUAUAACUACAAGCAGAGUAAUAGUAUUGUUUUGAUGGCUGUAGUAGACCAUAAUUACUGCUUUAAAUACAUAGAUAUAGGAUGCAAUGGGAGGAUUUCGGAUGGAGGGGUGUUCCGUCACUGCAAUAUAUACCAGGCAUUAGAAAAUGGCAUGCUACCAACCAACCAUUUUCUAGUUGGUGACAAUGCGUUCCCAAUGAAAGAUUAUUAACUGAAGCCUUUCCCUGAUUGCCGCCUGACUAUGAAGCAAAGGAUAUUCAAUUAUCGCUUGUCACGUGCAAGAAGAGUCGUAGAAAAUGCAUUUGGGAUAUUAGCAGCAAGAUUUCGAAUAUUCGGAAAACCAAUGCCAUUUUCGCCAGAUAAAGUAAGCAUAAUGGUCAAAACAUGCUGUACUUUACACAACUGGUUGAGAGUAACUGCACCGCAGCACAUACAUUCGGUUGAUGCUGAAAAUUUCGAAUCCGGUGCAUUAAUUGAAGGCAGUUGGAGGUCUUUGCAACCAUCGCUUGGACUACUUCCAUUGUGUAGGACGUUAGCGAACCAUCCCACUCGGCGUGCACAGGAUCUCCGUGAAAGACUCGCUGAAUAUUUUGUAGGAGAAGGGUCGGUCCCGUGGCAGUUAAGGAUGAUCAUGUAAAAAUCUGUUUCACAUUUUAUAAUUUUGUAAUUAGAAUAAAAAUACUUACCACAUUA